AUGAACCCCUUUUUUGAGGGGCACUGCGGCUGCCCCAUGGGUGCAUGGGGCCGCCUCCGUGUGGGAUACGCCGCCGUGAUGCUGCGUGUGCUGGUGCCCGUCUCCAAGCCCUUCGUGCGGCUGACGGCGGCGGCGGCAGCGGAGGGGACAGAGGUGGCCCUGACGUGCACCGUGCGGGAGGGGACGGCACCGCUCAGCUUCUCCUGGCAGCAUCGGGAGCCCCAUGGAAGACUCCUGGCAGCCCCCAUGGGGCUGGGAGGCUCUGGGGCAGAGCUGCUCCUGGCACCCGCCAACCGCAGCCACGCUGGCUGGUACGCCUGCACGGCCCGCAAUGAGGUCAACAACCGCACCAGUGAACCCGUCUACCUCGACAUCGUCUACGGCCCUGAUGAGCCGGCCAUCAGCGUGGAGCCCUUCUCCCCGGAGCAGGGCAGCUUCUCUGCGGGCGAGCGGGAGGAUGUGGUGCUGAGCUGCCUGGCGCCCUCCAACCCCCCCAGCCGUUACAUCUGGCUGCACAAUGGCUCCCAGGUGCACGUUGGCCAGACCUUUGUCAUGUCGGCCAUCGCCCGGGGCCAGGCGGGCACCUAUACCUGCCUGGCUGAGAACACCCACCUCCAAACCCGCACCCAGGCCACCAUCGUCCUCACCGUAUACUAUCCGCCGGCUGGGAGCCCCAGCUGCUCCGCUCAGGCCACCGCUGACCUGCGGGACGUGGCUCUGCGGUGCCGCUGGCUGGGGGGAUUCCCUCCAGCCCGGCUGCGCUGGGUGGGCCCUAGGGAAGAGGAGACGGAGGAGGACGAUGAAGAGGGGGCAGCGGGGCCCAGCUUUUCCAUGGCCACCAGCAUCGUGCCAGGGGCGGCCACGAGGAACGGCAGCUCCUUCGCCUGCAUGGCCGCGCACCCUGCGCUGCGGGACGGGGCUGUGUGCAGGACCACUCUGUGGAUCCCGGCAGGCAGCCCCACAUGCAUGGCUGCGGCCACCAAGCAUGACGAAUACGUGAUGCUGCGGUGCCGCUGGGAGGGGGGCACGCCGCCGGCCACGCUGCGCUGGUGGGACGGCCGGGGCCGGGCGCUGGGUGUCCCCACACCAUCAGCCACUGUCCUGGUACUGAGCACCGAUACCAGUCUGCGGGGCCAGGACUUCGUCUGCGUGGCCGCGCACCCACUGCGAGCCGCCAGCACCGAGUGCCGCCUCCGGCUGGAUGUCCCCGAGCUGGAGGUGGAGCGCGGCGAGGUGGCGGUGCAGACGCCAGGUGAAGCGGGCACGGGACAGCAUGCCGUGCUCCUCCGGCAUCCUUGGGUGGUGCCAGGCAUCGGGAUGCCCGGUGCUCCCUUAGCUCCCUUCUCCCCCGGUACCUCCGCACCAUCCCGGCUGCUCCUCACCUCCUCACCUCCCCCAUCCCAACGGCCUGAUUUGCACCGCUCUCUUCCAGCUGAGCCGCCCUUCGAGGCGCUCCCGGCCGUGACGGGGGCAGCAGUGAUGGGGAUGCUGGUGGCCACCUCCAUGUCUCUGCUGGCUGUGCACUACAUCGCUCGCCAUCGGGACCGCCUGCCACGGCUGCACGAGCUGCUGUUCCGCAUGGCUGGCCCCGAUGCCCCACAGCUUGCCGAGGAUGCCAACGUGGCCGUGAGCACGGAGGAUGGAGGACAGGGACAGGAGGAGCCGGGUGGCCUCAGCACAGCAGCCAUGGAAGAAGAGCCACGCUCAGCCCCACCAGGUGACCCUGUGGAUGAUGCACCGGUGGAUGUCAGCAUCACGGUGACAGCUAUGCCUUGAGCAUGGCACACUCCUGAGACACCCCUCCUCACUGCUGCUCUUCCUGGGGAAUGAGAGCUGGGAUGUGGCAACAGCACCCCUGGGGCAGCCCCAUCCUCCUGAGCUGUGCUGUACCCCACUGCUUCCUUUGCCUCAAUAAAGGCUGCAAGAGAGCAGAGGCAGCGGGGAUCUUCUUCCACAGAGCCUCAGUCUGGGUGGGGAGGGAGCAGAGAGGCUGCAAACCCAGGGAUGAGGACCCCAGGAGGUGAGGGUGAAGCUGUGGAAUUCUCAGCCUUUACCCUUUGCAUGGAAAGGGGCUUCACCCACAGG